GCCCACUGGCACGGCAACGAAGAAGAACACAAAGACGCUGAAGAAGAAGAGACGAAAGAGGCGUGGCCUCGCCUCUACACGUGAAGGGAAGCCUUUCCACUUUCCACGCGUUCUCUCUCGCUCCGCGUGCGUGCCUAGCGGACCGGGCGAGGAUGUCGUCAUCGGACGGGCAGCUGUGUAUCAACAUCACUUCCUGUUCACCUUCUACUUUACCGGCGGCAAAGAGGAAGCGGCCUCCCUUCAAAGAGCGUUGUGCCAAACGGGCAAGGCCGCAAGAGGCCCCGCCUCCAGCGCAGGUCGGGCGGCGCCUCAAGGCAGACAUCAAGACCUCGUCGCUGUUCAGGCACAACCCAGAGAUACCGCAAGUGCGCAGGGCCGACGUGUGUCCGCUCACAGAGAAGAUUUUUACCUCGCAGUCCUUCUCAGACUUGGACCUUCACCCUCACCUGGUGGCAACGCUGAACAAAGUCCUCAAUGUCUCCACGCUAACCAGCGUUCAGAAGCAGAGCAUCCCGGCGCUUCUGUCGGGGAGAGACGCCGUGGUGCGAUCCCAGACGGGCUCAGGUAAGACGCUGUCUUUUGCUGUCCCGCUGGUGCAGAGCCUGCAGGGUCUCCCCACCAAAGUCCGGCGCAGCGACGGCCCUCUGGCCCUCGUGGUGGUGCCCACCAGGGAGCUGGCCCAGCAGACCUUCGGCACCUUCCAGAGACUUCUCAAGCCCUUCACCUGGAUCGUUCCCGGCGCUCUGAUGGGCGGCGAAAAGAGGAAGUCGGAGAAGGCCAGAUUGCGCAAAGGCAUCAACAUCCUGGUGGCCACGCCGGGACGUCUGGUGGAUCACAUCCAACACACCGCCAGCAUCGCCUUUGGCGCCGUACGCUGGCUGGUUCUGGAUGAGGCAGACCGAACGCUGGACCUGGGUUUUGAGAAGGACCUCUCAAUCAUCUUAAAUUCUUUGAACGCCACCGGAUCAGAGCGACAAAAUGUUCUCUUGUCGGCAACACUCACCCAGGGUGUGACGCGUUUGGCAGACAUUUGUCUGAAGAACCCGAUCAGCGUUCAGGUGCACGAGCCCGCCCCCGACCGGCCUGGCCCCAGCGCCGCCGCCGCCACCGCCGAGGGCCAAUGGGAAAACUUUGCGCUGCCGACGGGCCUCCGACACUUUGCGGUGGUGGUGCCCAGUAAAGUCCGACUGGUUUGCCUGGCCACCUUCCUCCUCCAUACCUGCCGGGGCAAGAAGGCCAUGGUGUUUGUGUCCAGUUGCGAGGAGGUGGACUUCCUGCACUCGCUCUUCUGCGGCGUGUUGUCAGCCAAGCUGGGGGGCCCGCUCUUCCUGCGCCUCCAUGGCAGCAUGUGUCAGGAGGAGCGCUCUGAGGCCUUUGGCGACUUCUUAGCUUCUGAGCACCGAGUUCUGCUGUGUACGGAUGUUGCCGCUCGUGGGCUACACUUACCUGAGGUCACGUGGAUAAUACAGUACACGCCUCCGUGCAGUGUGGCGGAGUACGUCCACCGUGCAGGGCGCACGGCGCGCAUGGGUUUGGCGGGCAGCAGCCUCCUCUUCCUCACGCCCGGUGAGUCGGCGUUCGUGGACGAAUUGGCCCGCGGCGGCAUCAGCUUGUCGGAGAUGAAGCUGCCCGACAUCCUGGCCCAUCUCAUGAAGGACGACGCCUUCAAGGGGCGGGGCAAGUACCGCAGCCAGACGAGUCACGGCGCUCUGGAGAUGGAGACGCGCGAGCGCGCCACCGUCCUGCAGACGCACUUUGAGGACUUUGUCCACGCCGAUGCAACAUCGCUGCGCAACGCCAAGAAAGCGCUGAGCUCGUACCUGCGCUCGUACGCCACCUACCCGGCCCGUCUCAAGCACGUUUUCCACAUCCGCGCCCUCCACCUGGGCCACGCCGCCAAGAGCUUUGGCCUGAGAGACGCGCCGCGAGACCUCGCCGACGGAGCCCGAGGAGGGGGUGGCCCGCGGGGAGCCCCGAGCGCCGCAAAGGCACGCCAAAAGUUGCAUCGACCGCAGCAGCAGAGCGCCAAGGCCGCCGCCGACGAGUACUCCGCCGGUCUCCAAUUCACCACCAAGAAAAAGAAGCGGGAGGAGCCACGAGAGACGGACUGACCACGCGGCACUCGCGUGAAAAAUAUCUUGCCCCGCCGCACACUUUGCAUUUUAACAUGAAACAUGGCGGGUUGUCACGUCAAGCUAAAGCAGAGGUGUCAAACCGAUUUUUUUUUUCGGCACAGGCCGCAUGCACCGUAGUCGUACAGGAGGCCGUUAUGACUGUCGGCUUCUUGUACUGUUCGUUUUUUAAGAUGAAAGAGUGCUAAUAAAAAUGGUUAGCAAUAUCGCCA